GGCCAAGCAGGACCCAAAGGUGAACGUGGACCCCCGGGACCCCCCGGACACCCGGGCCCCCCCGGGGAGGUGAUCCAGCCCCUUCCGAGCCAGUUGCCCAAGAAGAGCAAGCGCUCCAUCGACGCCAGCAAGCUGGUGGACGAAGAGGAGGGUGAGGACGGAGACAGAGCAGCCGCCGACCAGGCAGCCCGCGACUACACCGACGGCAUGGAGGAGAUCUUCGGCUCCCUCAACUCCCUCAAGCAGGAGAUCGAGGGGCUGCGGCGCCCGAUGGGAACCCGGGACAACCCUGCCCGCACCUGCCAGGACCUGCAGCUCAGCCACCCGGGCCUGCCUGAUGGCGAGUACUGGAUUGACCCCAACCAGGGCUGCGCCCGAGACUCUUUCAAGGUUUACUGCAACUUCACAGCAGGCGGGGAGACCUGCGUCUUUCCCAGCAAGGACGUACAGGAGGUGAAGGUGUCGGCGUGGGAGAAGGAGGUGCCUCAGCGGUGGUUCAGUCAGUUCCAGGAGGGCAGCAGGUUCUCCUACGUGGACUCGGAGAGCCAGCCCCUCGGCGUGGUGCAGCUGACCUUCCUACGGCUCCUCAGCGUCUCUGCCCGCCAGAACUUCACCUACCACUGCCACCGCUCGGUGGCCUGGCACAGCACCACCUCCCGGGACCACCAGCGUGCCCUCCGCUUCCUGGCUGCCAACGAGGAGGAGCUCAGCUACGACACCAGUCCCUACAUCAAAGCUGUGAUGGACGGCUGCGCGGCACGAAAGAGCUCCAGCCGGACGGUGCUAGAGGUGAGCACGCCCCGCCUGGAGCAGCUCCCGCUGCUGGACGUGCGCGUCAUGGACUUCGGUGAGCCCGGCCAGAGGUUCGGGUUCGAGGUGGGCCCAGUCUGUUUCCUCGGCUAG